CCGCGGAGGGAAACAUCCUCCAAAACCCUAGCUCCCACCUCCUCGCUGGGAAGUCUCCUCGUCGUCGGCGGCGGCUGAAGCAGCGGCGGAGGAUAUGGGGAAGGCUAAGGGGAAGCAGCGUCAGGACAAGUUCUACCAUCUCGCCAAGGAGCAGGGCUACCGGAGCCGCGCGGCCUUCAAGCUGCUCCAGCUCGACGCGCGCUACCGCUUCCUCCCGACGGCGCGUGCGGUGCUCGAUCUCUGCGCGGCGCCCGGAGGGUGGGUCCAGGUGGCCGUCAACCAUGCCCCGGUGGGAGCCUUCGUCGUCGGCGUCGACCUCGUGCCCAUCCGCCCCAUCCGUGGCGCGCACUCGCUCACCGAAGACAUCACCACCACCAAGUGCCGCGCCGCCGUGCGAAGGCUGAUGGACGCCAACGGCGUAGCCGCCUUCGAUGUCGUUCUCCACGACGGGUCCCCCAACGUCGGCGGUGCCUGGGCGCAGGAGGCCACAUCGCAGUCGGCGCUCGUCAUCGACGCCUUACGCCUCGCUACCAUGUUCCUCGCACCCAAGGGCGCCUUCAUCACCAAGGUUUUUAGAUCUCAAGAUUACAACGCUAUUAUGUACUGCCUUAAACAGUUUUUCGAUAAAGUUGAGGCGACUAAACCUACCGCCAGUCGGUCUACAUCUGCUGAAAUUUAUAUAAUAUGCCAGAGAUAUAAAGCUCCUGCAAAGAUUCAACCAGAACUUCUUGAUAUAAAGCACUUGUUCAGUGUGGUUCCAGAACAGAACAAGCCUAGGGAUAUAUUGAAUCCGAAGUCGAAGAGACACCGUGAUGGGUAUGACGAAGGGAAUACAACAUUGCGGAAAGUCGGUUUGGCAUCAGACUUUAUAUUGUCUGAGGUCCAGACUCCUCUGGAUUUUUUGGGUUCUUACAAUAUGAUUUCAUUUGAUAAUCCAGCAUCUCUGCCCAUCAAGAACCAUGAGCUUACUACAGAUGAGAUAAAAGCUCUCUGUGAUGAUUUAUACUUGUUGGAUAAAAAUGGUUUCAAGCAUAUCUUGAAAUGGCGGAUUCGCUUACGGAGAGCAUUGUCGUCACCUUCACAAGCCACCCCAAAGGUCGAUGAUGCUGCGGAGAACACAAAGAUCAAGGAUGAUGACCAACUUCUACAGGAAAUGGAAGAAUUGACCAGUGUCAUUGAUAGAAAGAAAAAGAGAGAGAAAAAGCGCCAGUCAAAGCGUCGAGCAAAGGAUAAAGCACGCAAGGCAACUGGAAUGCAGAUUGAUGCUACAGGAGAUGACUAUGGCGAUCCUGAUUUAUUUUCUAUUAGUGCUAUCAAGGGUGGAAAAGAACUUCAAGCUGUUGAAUCAGCAGAGCUUAAUGUGGAAGAUGACAUUGGAGACAGUGAGAAUGAGGGAACUCAAGCUCGUGAAGACUCUGAUGAGGAAAUGGAUUCUGAUGAAGAACAACAGAGGUACGAUGCCCAGCUUGAGGAUAUGCUUGAUGAAGCUUAUGAGCGCUUUGUAACAAAAAAGGGUGGGGAAGUAAAACAAGAACGCAAGCGUGCAAAGCGAAUUAAUCCUGAUGCUGAUGCAGACUUGUUAGAGGGGGGUGAAGAUGAUGGUGACGAUGUUGAAAUGGAUCAAGGUUUUGACAAUGGUCAAGAUCAAGAGACCAAUCCCCUUCUAUUAUCUCUAGAUGAACAGAAGCCAACUAAAGAGCAGAUUGUAGAGCAGUGGUACAGUCAGGAUGUGUUCACAGAAGCAGGAACAGGUGUUACUGAGCAGAGUGACAGUGAAGAUGAAAGAGAGAAGUUGCAGAGGAAUUUGAAAAGGAAGACGGAUACUGGUAAAAAGGAAAAGCUGGCUAAAGCACAGCGUUUAAAACAAGAUGAUUUUGAGAUUGUACCGGCAGAACCUGUUCGGACUGAAGAGGACUCAUCUUCAUCUUCUGAUGAAUCAGAUGAACCAGAGGAGGAUCUCGAUGAUGACUCAAAGGCUGAAGUACUAGCCUAUGCAAAGAAGAUGUUGAGGAAGAAGCAGAGAGAGCAGAUUCUUGAUGAUGCUUACAACAGGUACAUGUUUGAUGAUGAAGGGUUACCUACAUGGUUUCUUGAGGAUGAAAAGCGGCAUAGACAGCCAAUGAAGCCUGUUACACGUGAGGAAGUAGCUGCCAUGAAGGCCAUGUUUAAGGAGAUUGAUGCCCGUCCAGCCAAAAAGGUUGCAGAGGCCAAGGCUCGGAAGAAGCGAGUUGUCAUGAGGAAUCUCGACAAGGCACGCCAAAAGGCGGAUGCUAUUGCAGACCAGAGUGACAUAAACGAGCAGUCAAAGCGGAAGAUGAUAGACCGGAUUUACAGGAAGGCGAUACCAAAGAAACCUCAAAAGGAAUACGUUGUUGCAAAGAAGGGGGUUCAGGUGAGGGCUGGCAAAGGGAAGGUUUUGGUGGAUCCGCGGAUGAAGAAGGACAAGAGAGCCAGCGGGACUGGGAAGAAACGGAAGGGUGGCAAAGGCGCCAAGGGGAAGGGGAAAGGUGGCAAAGGCAUGAGAGGGAAAGCUGGGAAGAAGGCCGGGAAAGCCCCAAAAUAAGAAGCUGAGACGCCAUGCGUGGCUGGGAGGCCUUACCUCUGUUCGGCAACGUUGCUACUGAAUUUUUGUCUUGGUCCAGCUAUAUCUUCCAGGUCGCAGCUGUUCUAUUCUAGUUAUAUUAUGAGAAAAACGCCGUCAAAAGUUUUGCUGCGUGAGUAAUCAUGCAUUUGUGAACAAUAUAGUUUGUGUUAAAAACCGCCGUUCCAGCUGGUCUUUAUUUAACCAAGUUUUCACCUUCGGGUAUGUUUUGGACUUGAUAA